UGCAUUCCUUUAAUUCUGGCUCAUUGUGUAUCCCUUUCUCACUUCUCUGAAUGUAAUGCCACUUCUCUAUGCUUGAAGCCAUCCAGGGUCUGGGAUUCCUCUCGUUCUUCCUGUGAAGCCCUUUCCAUCAAGACUUUGGUGAUCAGUCUUCAUGGUCCUUCUCUGUCUCAGCAUCAACUGCUGUGCGAUUAUGUCCCUGUGAAACACUUUACAAUGUUAAGGACACUAUAUAAAUGUAUCUUGUUGAUCUUGACAUUAUUUUAAUUAAAAUGGUGCAAGCCAGAACACACAAAAAAUGUUUGUUCAUUUACUGCAUUGUAAAUUUCUCCAGUUUGCAUGACCUUUGUAAACCCACAGAACAAAUAUGUCCCAAUACAGUCAGUGGCAUCAUCUGAACCUUUAGACCAUAAAACUUAGGAGCAGGAAUUGGUCAUUCGGCCCACUUUAGUCCAAAGGAGUAUUGUUGAGUAGUUUAACAUCACGAUUGUUACCCCCACUUUGCUUUCAGUUUCAACCCAUUCUGUGGCGAUACGUGAAUACAAAAAAUAAUGGUUCAACGUUGUGGUUACCCUGGACUGUUCGACAGGCAAAGGCUUUACCUGAGAUAUUUUAUAAAUCGUGUUAAACGUGUUUCUUUUUCUCCCACAAAAAAGCAACCUGGGGAGGGACAAUGCUGUCUGGCUUUCAAACGUCUGUGAUGUCCUUGGUCUGAAAAACCCAUUAACUUGUGCAUAUAAAAUUUCUGCGCAUACAGUAAUGCUCGUGAUUAAUCGCAGCAAUGUUUUCCUUGGUUGGAGUAAUCCAACAUGUGGUGCUCAACCCCGCCCCUCUCACAUUACACACUAUAAACUUGUCACUUUUCCCACCAAAGCACUCAGAGGGAGUCAGCCUCAUAGAGUGCAGGCAUAACUGUAGGGUUUAAAGCACUUUCUGGUGCACAGAGCAUCUUCCAGCUUCUACAUGGAUCAGAGCACAGGCAGCUGCAUGCGCAAUUCGCAUUCCGGGGCCGCCGUCUGGGGCUGUAUGAGAAAUCCACAUUCCGGGGCCGGCGUGCCCGGCCUGCACCAUUACCCGUCGCCUUUCUCCUUCUACAAGAAGUCGGACGCCGCCGAUUUCACCGCCUACUCGGAAUUCACGUCGCCGUGCCUGGUGUCAGCGGCGCACGGCUUCCCCGCCGACGACCGGGUUUACGUGGACCACCACCCGCCCCGGUUCCCCCGCUCCGAGUGGCACCUCCCGCCGCCGCCGGCCCCGCCCCCUCCCACCCCGACGGCGGCCAGGGAGAGACAAACCUCCUGCCUGUCCGCCAGCUCCGCCAAUUUCGAAACCGGUGGGGGCUCGCAGGCGGCCGGCUGCCUCAGCGCUGGGGAUUACAGUAGCCCGCGGGGCAUCGCGGCAUCCGACAUCGACAAGAAAAUAACCAAAAGGAAACGCGACGUCUUAGAAACUCAAGAUUCAAAUUACAAGUCAGAGUCUAACAACAAGGCCAGAAAAGAAAGGACAGCCUUCACUAAGGAACAGAUUCGAGAACUAGAGGCCGAAUUUGCCCAUCACAAUUACCUGACCAGACUGAGGCGAUAUGAGAUAGCAGUUAAUCUGGACCUCACAGAAAGACAGGUAAAGGUUUGGUUCCAGAACCGAAGGAUGAAAUGGAAACGUGUGAAAGGUGGACAACCCAUUUCACCACAGAGUCAAGAACCAGAUGAUAUAGAUUGCGUGACUCCUGACUCCGAUAUCAGGAAUGCAGAUGGAAAGAGCCACAUGGUGGGCUUAGUGGACAAUAAAGAAACAAUACAGGACAGUAUCAGAUAAAUCCAUUGGCCAUGCUCAGACUUUAAUGUGCCUUAAGUUGGGGGAACGUCAUGUGUUUAAUGUCAGAUGGCAAUAUUUUCAACCUUCAAUGAACAUUUGAGCAUCACCUUGGACCCAAAGCUUCUAAACCAAAAAUUCAGUGUUUGUUGGCCUUGAGUAUUAUACUUUAUUAUAAGAAAGUGGGAUCAGAAUCAGAACUGGAAAUCUGUUGUUGCAUUUCUCAUUUCAACAAAAUGUCGUUUAUUUUUUAUUCUUAAAGAAAAAAUAGCUUGCAGGUUUGUUGUAUAAAUAAUGCGAAAACUUCAAUUCAUACCACAAUAAAUUAAGUAACAGCAUAUAGAUUUAUGAAGACAAAACAAUGAUUGGAAGUGGACAGAUCCUCUGUAGUAGCAAUCUUUCCAACAUAUAUUAGGUAUAUGUAAAAUAAACUAAUUCAGUAAA